AUGGACCCCUUAACCCUUCUCCGCGAGUACACCAUCCGAAACUCCCUUGACCGGAUCGUCCGUGUCAACAAUGAAUUUCGGUUCGGCUCGGAUUACUCAUUCCCCGCCACCAUCGAGACCGCCUACCGCUCCAAGCACGCGCAGAACACGCGCCGCUACACCCUCGAGACCCUCGUCCACUUCGUCACCAACCACCACCUCAAGCACACCGACUACAUCCAGAACGCUCGCGCUCUCCGCAUCCCCGCCGUCACCCUCCCCGACCGGAAGCCCCUGCUCGACUACCUCACCGGAAAGGUCCAGUCUUCCGAUGCCAUAGUCCCCCUGGACUUCCCCAACAUCAACCCCCAAAUCGGUAACCUAGGCCCGAAUCCGACGCACGAUGCGGGUGAUGCCGCUGGGGUCCCCGAGAGCGCGGCCACUAACCCAAUCGAACUAAUUAGGGCAAAGGAAAAGCCGAUUAAAGACAGGGAGUCGAUGCUGGUUUUUAGCAAGCGCGAUUUUUACAGUGUGCUGACGUCAGCCACCAAACGUGACGAGGAGAGGCAGAGAAUGGAGGCCUUGCAGAGGAAAGACAAUAUUGUUGCGAAGAACAGAAUUGAGAGUCGAGGGUUUGGGUUGGGUGAGGAAGCCACCAAAAUGAGGAAAAUUGGGGAAGGUGUGCCCAUCAUCCUGGUCCCAAGCGCAUUUUCAACUCUGAUCACGAUAUACAAUGUGAAGGAGUUUCUGGAGGAUGGGGUUUUUAUCCCCACGGAUGUGAAGCUGAAGCAGAUGAAAGGAGGAAAGCCCGAUUGCGUGACUGUGCAGAAGAAGUUCAGUAGGGAUCGUGUGGUAACAGCUUAUGAGGUGAGGGAUAAGCCGUCGGCACUGAAAAGUGACGAUUGGGAUCGUGUGGUGGCGGUUUUCGUGCUCGGAAAGGAGUGGCAAUUCAAAGAGUGGCCUUUCAAGGACCACGUCGAGAUCUUUAACAAGAUUCUUGGGUUUUACAUGCGUUUUGAGGACGACAGUGUGGAAUCAGCAAAAACUGUGAAGCAAUGGAAUGUGAAGAUAAUUUCGAUAAGCAAAAAUAAGAGGCAUCAGGACCGAGCUGCGGCUCUUGAGGUUUGGGACAAACUUGAAGAAUUCAUGCGUUCUCGAUCUCGUUAG